GAUUGAUUUUACUUUAUUAUGCUUUCAGCAUUCCCACCGCGUCCUGAAUCUUGAGCUUAUCUUGCCCACGCCUCGGCGACAUAAAUGACUCGUUCCCAAAGCAAUGCGAAGAAACCAUGGAGUCGCCCACUAACUUAUCCUUCAGCUUUAUCCACGUCGCCGGCUGGUCACAGCAUUUCCCUUCCUCAGCCCGAUCUCUCAGCCAUCUGCGGUCAAUAUCAACAACGCCCGGAUCUGUUGACGAGUCGUCCUCAUCGUACAGGCCUCGACCACCGCCCAAAUCACCCUCAAUUUCGCAGCUGCCCAUCAUCUCACUCGCGUCAAAAGCAUCGUCCUACUUUUCCAGCGGCGAGAUGAGCACCCUGCCCGAUCCCCGAAUGCGAACCGCCAGUUCGUCCAUCAAUGGAGCCAGGCCCUCGACUUCACACUUGGGCAUCGGCCACGACAGUGACGAUAGCUUCUCUACCACCUCCCAGCAUCCCGGCCUCAGCGACGAAGUUGCCACGCUCAGCACGAAGCUCAUCCACGCCAUCAACCACUCAACUACGCUUGAUGACACAUUAUCAGCAACCCGCCAUGAUCUGGACUCUGCCCACGGACGCAUUCGCGAACUGGAGGCUCAGGUGGCCUCUCAGCGCGAAAUGAUGGCCGGAGAUGUUUGGAUUCGCAAAACUACGCUGGAGAGUGAACGCAGAGACUGGCUGGCCGAGAAGAAAGUCCUCCAACAGAAGCUUUCCGAAGAGACCAAGGGCCGGUUAGAUACAGAAAAGGAGAAGCGAAAGAUUGAGCAAGAGCUGGAAAACCUCACGACGGCCCUGUUUGAAGAGGCAAACAAAAUGGUAAUCACCGUCAAGGAAGACGCUCAAUUUCAGCAAAACAUGUUGCAGAAAAAGAACGACCAGCUCAAGUCUCAGCUCACCGAUUCCGAGAGCCUCCUAAAGUCGCAACAGGAGCAGCUGUCUGAGCUGAAGCAGGUCAUGGAGGCCAUGAUGAUGGAACGUGACGACCAGACCAACAACACAACGCCCUCAACUCCCGGCUUUGAUUCCAAGGACGAAGACCACAUGAUCGCCGAGAAGCCGACCCCAUCUCCUGCUAGACACUCUACCGAUGCUCAACAUACACCGGCCCCUCCGACCAGCUACAUCAAUCUGAUUCAGCCAGUCAUGCGAACCGAUCUCGCCGCAUAUGAAGACUUUAUUGCCCUUGCUCACCUUACCCACCCGCGUUCGGGAAACCGCGCUUCUGGUGGCUCUGUUGGCAACUUUGGACUUGGCGGCUCAACUUCUAGCGUACAUGUUUCUAACGGGUCUACCUCAUCAUUGGGUGGCUUUUCAAGCAACAACAAUAGCACCCCGCAGUCUCCCAAUGCCAACAACUCGACAGCGACGAUCCCUCAUCUCAAGGAGACACGCUUCUACAAGCGCACCCUGAAUGAAGAUAUUGAGCCAACACUGCGCCUCGAUGCCGCACCGGGACUGUCAUGGCUGGCUCGUCGUACUGUCCUGGCCGCCGUGGCCGAUGGUUCGCUGGUAGUAGAGCCUAUUCCGGUGCCGUCGACGACAUCAGGCUUCCUCCCUGUCCCCAAACCGCAGUUUUACCCUUGCGCUCUAUGCGGCGAGUCUCGCAAGGAUGCAGAGCACCUGCGCAACUACCGUUUCCGCGUGAGCGAAGCUGACUCUGCUCAACGGUAUCCUCUUUGCAGCUACUGCACCGUUCGCGUACGAUCCACCUGCCAGUUCCUGGGAUUCCUUCGCAUGAUCAAGGAUGGACAUUGGCGAGCUGAUGACGAGGAGAACGAGAAGGCGGCGUGGGAAGAAAGCGUGCGUCUGAGAGAGCAGAUGUUCUGGUCACGCCUUGGAGGCGGCGUUGUUCCGGUUCCCCACGGAGAGGUACACGUAGAAGCAUCUCAUAGCCGUCACCCAAGCAUGGCUCAGAUUAUCGACACUCCCGUCAAGGUGCCAACGGAAGUUGAUGCCCCCAAGAAGACCGAUGCUCCCAAGGAGAUUGAUGCCCCAAAGGAGGUCGGUGCUUCCGAGGAGGCUAAUGCUCCCAAGGAUAUCGAUGAGCCCAAGGAGGAGAUUGAUGAUGCUUCAGAGGAACUUGAUGCAUCUACCGAAAAGGGCGUGCCGAUGGAUGGUGGCGUGCCUUUAGAAAAGGAAGAGGACGCAUCAGUUGCCGAUACAAGCUUCGAUACAGCUCCUCCUUCCGAGGUCGAUGACGAUGGCAGCGAAUUCGAGCCGGGACGCCGUGAGUCUACCGAUGAGCCUCACACGCCUCAAGACCAGGAAGACGGAACCAAACCGCUCCGCUAUUCGGUACAAUCCUUGACCCUGGAGACUAUGAGCAGCUCGGGAUCUGAGGCCACCAAGCGUCUUUCUACUACCACCAUCAUCGAGAACUAGAAAGCAAGGACGAAAACGAAACUACGAUACACAAAGCGGCUUCUGAGAAAUUCCUUCCCCCAAUUUUUUAACUUACAUUUUUUAAUGCUUUUUCAUGGCCUUUUUUGGCUAUUAAUGUAUAUUGUGUAUAAUAAUCAACGACGAGGUGACAUUACGGCCCUGCACCAAAAAGUCCGAAGAUUUGAACGGGUUAGGCGGGGCAGAUGAUGGGGAACAGCUAGAUUGGCGAGCAAGUUUUGGUUAAUGGCUGGAAGCAAACGAUUUCAAUGCUGAGAAGGGAACGAAAAAAUAACCAUUGCUCAAAGGUUGACGGCGUUUUUUGGUUUGGACACGAUGGAUACAGGGCAUUUGGAAACCAGCAGAAAUGGGCUGUCAAAGCAUCAUUAAGGCGGGACUCGAUUCUUCGUUGCUCUAUUUUUAUCUUCUUUUUUUUCUUCUUCUUUCAAAUAUUUCUUUGUCUGGUUCUGGAUUGGCCCUUUUCUCAGUUUUGCAGCUUCUUUUCUUUUUCUUGACAGUCUUUUUUUUUUUUUUACCCUGGUUGACUUUAUUGUUUUUAACUGAAAUCAUAUUCGAGCGGGCGCACCAUGGAAAGCAUAUUGGGGAAUGCGCACGCUUGGGCAGUUUGCCGAUUCAUCUGCAAAUUACUAGAACAAGGGCCAGGAAGGAUUUGUUUCGUUCUCAGACAAAGAAGGGGGAUUGCCGUUGGUAGCGGCGUUUUUGCGAUAACACAUAUACCUAAUGAGAUAGAUGUAUUAGAAUUAAACAUGGUAUCUUGAUGCUCUUCUUGCUCAUCUUUGAUGUUUCUGCUGCUUUGAAAAUGAAAUUGUGACGAGAGGGCGACAACAUAGCGUCCACUCUUUGCGGUUAUUGUUACUUCAAAAUCUCGAGAAUGUUGGAGACAUCAUAUCCACGCUUCACUAUUGUUGUUAUUUCAGAAACUCAAGAAUGUUGGAGACAACAGUGUCGGGAACCUGUUCUGGAAUAUAAUGUCCAGCCUCAAUGUGCUCGACCUCAACUGGCACGCCAUCCGCAGUGACGUGUCUCCAUUCCUUUUCCACAUCAAACAGCCGACUGACGACGCCCCUUUUACCCACCAGGACUCUGAUUGGCGAUUGAAUUAGCCUUCCUUUGUCGAGAUCCUCUCUCGCCUCAUCAAGGUCAUGUGUGGCACUCGCACGGUAGUCCUGGCACGUAGCGUGGACAUAGUCCUUAUCCUCCAUACACUUGACGUACUCUUCCAGAGCGUCUCUGUGGAAGAGUGGAUGCUUCCCAACUCCCAGGAACAUCUCGACGAGCUGGCGCGGAGCCCCAUUGAUAAGCGUCUCAGGAAGAGGAUACGGCUGGAUGAGGAGAUACCAGUGAAAGAAGACUUUGGGGAAUUCGGGAUUUGGCGAGUUGUACAUGGCCAGGGUGGGACAUAUAUCAAGGAGAAUGGCCUUGCGAACACGGGUAGGAUGAUCAACGAGGAGCUUGUGAGCGACACGGGCUCCACGAUCAUGAGCGCAGACAUAAAAGGGCUGGUUGGCAUAUCCAAGGCUGUCCAUGACGGCAAUGCAGUCUUGGGCCAUGUGGCUCUUGGCGUAGAGCUCCGUGUUAUGGGCGGGCUUGGAAGAAGCACCGUAGCCGCGAAGAUCCAUCAUAACAACAGAGUAAUGGGAGAUCAGCUUGGGAGCGACGAGAUGCCAGAUAAUGUGCGAUUCUGGAUAUCCAUGGAGCAGGAGAAGAGGGGGAAGCGAUGAAGACGAGUCAGACGAUUUGAUGCCGUAUAUGGAGAUGGGAGGAGAGGACUGUGUCUGAACCGUGAAUGGAGUAAAAGCAGAGGAAAAGAGGGCAAUGGGAGCAGCCAUUUUGGCUAUAGGUCAUGAAUAGCAAUUAUGGCAGUCUUGGCUUCAAGAAAGAGGCUGAUUGGGAAGACAAGUCACACCUAUCCUGGCAUUUGGGGUUGCUCACGUUGAUAUAGGAGGCGAUGGGUAUGAUGUAGGUAUCACAUGGAGGGGCUACACCCCUACAGAUGGAUGGAGCUGGACGCCAUGAACCCACUGGAUCCUGGUGCCGAGCUUGAUGGGGGGGGACCUCAGAAUAGCGCCUCGGGAUAGCGUAUGGAAAUAGCCGUUCCAUCCGCUGUCUGCACCUCUUGCACCGUUCCAUCCGUUGUUUGCGCCUCUUGCAUUGACGGAAAGCUUGAUUUCUUAGAGUACGACGUAGACGACAAUGCCGAGCCUAUAGGGAAGAGGCCAUCAGUUAGCAGCGGUACUCGGUAAGUGGGCAUAUACAUGCAGUCACUUUACCUGGAGUCUCAUUGGUGCAAAUGGAGAUGAGGAAUCUGUGGUGCGGUGGUGGGUGUUGGAAAGGCGGCGCGUAGUUGAUACGUUUAAAGAGAAUCAAUCAGGGCAAAAGAGACACCGCGGUGGAAUCUUUGUUGCAAGCAUUGCCAGACUGGAGACAGAGAGAGCCUUUCUCUGAGAAGAUGAGCAAAAAAGGAGAUGAAGGAUGAAAGGUGACAAGUUUAUCCUUUCUUUUUCCUUCUCCUUUGCUCAGGAGCAGUUGCCCGUGCAGAUCGGGUCACCUUGUAGAUAUUGUCGCUCCUUCCCUUAUAAUAGCUGCCAAAAAGUAAAGCCACAGUCGCGAUGAUGUAACUUCUUCGGUACCAGCUUCAAGCCAUCGGCACAUCUUUUAGCCGCCCGUCCGGGUUCCCUUUCUGCCAAUCCAAUCGAUGCUUUCCAGUUUCAAUCUCAAAUCUCACACCCUCUCCAUCAUUGCAACGGUCUCAUAUUUCUUCAGGAGAUUAAAAAGAAACGGAUCCAUCUCUGCUCCGCAUACCGGCCCCUCUUCCCCUUCCACGGCUGGAAAACCAACGACGACGAAUUCCGCUGGCGGGGAGAUGAUGAGUUGAAGCAAAGAGCCCAUCGUUGCAACUUUCGGCCCCACCUACGGCAAACAACUCUCAUAUGGCUCCGGUCCGUGGCCGCGCAGCCUGCGAUGGGUGCAGAUCUCGAAAGCAGAAGUGCGAUGAAAAAAGGCCAACCUGUUCACGAUGUCGUGACAUGAAACGGGAAUGCGUGUGGCCGAAGCUAUACAAGCGUGGCCCGGCAAAGGGUUACAUCGAGGCGCUCGAGCAGCGUCUCGCAGUGACCGAGGCCGUGCUUCUUCAGCUGCUCCAAGUGUCGGGUGACAGCGUUCUGCAGGAUGCCUUCAAGCAUGAACCAGGCAGAAGAACGGAUGUUUUGAACAUGGCAUCCGCAGCAACUACAACAACUGACGCGGCAGGGCGAAUAGAGGCCAAGAAGACGGGCACAAUUGCCCACUGGGACAACUUCCCCCUGAAUACGGCAGACGAUGUGAAGCGCUGGGCAGGCGAAGUCCUCGGGCACAACGCUGGUGCCCAGGCUGGCAACCGUAUCGGCAGCAUCACCACGAACGGCACGGCCCUUGAAGAGGCGAAUCCGGCGGUCACGUCGUUUGAAACAUAUCCUGUCCCAUCAGAUCUGCUGCCAAAGAGCCUGCCCGAGGCGGGCUCGAGAGCCAGCACCGAAGCAUUUCCGCCUCGAUCAUUGGAGCCGAUAGCGACAGCCCUACCGACUGCCGCAGAGCCGGUCUUGGGUUCUGGCACGAUGUUUGCGAGGGAUAUAGCGCCACAAGGCGAAGUGUUUGACUUGUCUCAAGAUUUUAGACGGCAGUUUGUAUGGUAACGCAGGUAGGUUUUUGUUUUCAAAAGAAAUGUACCACUAUUCAACCUUGUACUGCGUGGCCAUUAUUCAUAUAUACAGAUGUGUGUGCUUUUCAGAGCGUGUGUCAUUGUGUUUUUUUUUUCGGCAUGAGACUCUUGCCAAUAACGAAAUAUGUACCUGUGCUUGGAUAUAGUUACGUAGAAAUACUGGCGAGUCUCAUCUCCAAUUCCAUGUUCAUACCGUAGCCCGUGUACCGUAAAGAUGGCAUAAAAUGAUGAUGAUAAAAAAAAACGUUACAGACAAUAGAAGAAAAAAUCACAAUCACUUACACGUUCAACCUAUCUUCCAAAUUCUGCACAUAGUUAUCCCACCCAAUGUUAUUAAACAGCAGCCCCGACGAUUCCGGGUUCAUAUUCUCGCUCAGGAACCGCUCCCAC